UGCCAGCUAUCGUGUUUUGAGAUAUUAAAUAUUUAAGUACCCUUAUUUGUAUUGCUUGAUACGAUUAGACCUUCAGAAACAGACGAGCCAUAAACGGAGAAUUUAUUUUGAGCAAAUUCUUUGGGUGCAUUUGGCUGAUGUGACGUGUCAUUGAAAUGUUCAAGAACAAUUACCAGGGGGGAGCUGUGUUUGAUCUCUUCAGUGGACAAGGAAAGGACCCUGUAGCCAAAUGGAAGCUUUGUGGGGGACCUUCGGCUAUACAUAAAGAGUAUAAUAAAGAAGUUAAAGGAUUUGUUUACUGUCUCGAAGGAAGCAGCCACACUGUCAAAAUGCAAAUGCCGAAGAAUGCUAAGAUGCCUCUUGGGCUUAUUCAACGAUUUUUGAUCAUUCAAGUAAAUAUUUCAGAGCGGCAUGACUUUUCUACUGAGCUUGUGAUAACGGAUUUACAGCAUCUUAAAAGAAGACUUUGCUUUUCAACAGUGCAUAAAGAGAUGUCUGCCACACUUUUGCACGCAAAGAUACCUUUCACAGAGCUGAAGCGGAAUACUUGGUCCACUUUAUGCAUCGACCUUGAAUCUUUUGCUAGUGGACUUUUCAAGGGAUUUUCGACUCUGGAUGGCAUCACUUUGUUUGCUACCUGUAAAGUUCGGAGGAUCUUCACUAUGAAAACAGACCCUAAAGUCAUGUCAGACACAUUUCUUAAUGGGGCUUGUCUCAUGGAGAUGAUCCCUUGCAGUUUCUGGUACCCUUCGGAUGUGAACCAAAUUACUCACAUGCUGAACUAUGAGAAUUUGCAGAAGGCCGAAGUGAAGUCUGAUCCUUUUAGCUCAGCCUCUGUACCUGAUCAGUCUUCCACUGCCAUAUCAACUAGUUAUCGGAGAACCAAGCCCCAGGGUGUUUUACAGACAGCCGCGGGCUCCAGAGCUUCUUCAGCAUCUCCAAAUACUGGAAGAACAAGCAUUGCACACUUGGACAGAAUGGAGAGAAGUGUUUCUCCAUCAUGUAGACUGAAUAAAAAGGAGCCCGCUGAGAGCCAGCAUGUUACCAUGGUUGGUGAGCAUUUCUCCCAGGGUCAACAGUCCCUUACUUCGGUAAAAGGAGAAUCUUGCAAAUUACAACCCCACCCGCCCAAACAAAGGGUGUUUGGUAAGCAGGGAUCUAAGAAGUUACGGAUCCUGAGUGCUGGAAGAGAGAGGGUAUCAUCAGAUGCUGAAUUUGGUGGUAAAAGCAGUGGAAGGAGGGAUAAUAGCCCUUUUCCAUCCAGUCAGCCAGAGAGCAGCCAGCAACUUCAAACUCAAGAAGAAAUGUCGCCCAACCUAGUAAUGGAUGAGCAGAGCUGCAGCCCUGCCAAUGCAAGUAUGGAAGCCGCCCCCACACCAGUGGAGUCUCAACUUCGAUCAGGUUUGUCUUUUGACCCGGAGGUCUGGAACAGCCGGGAGAGUAAUGAGGGGUCCGAGCCCCAGCUCACUUUGCAGAAGGAGGUGUUCACUUUCUCAUCUCAGCCCCACUCACCCAAGCGAGGGCAAAGCCAGGGUGACCAGGAGAAGAUGGAUCUGGGAGACAGUCAGGUCCAGAGCACUGGUGGGGGGCGGCGUCAAGCGCAGCCUGAGGAUGACUUUAUCGGCAGUGAAAGUGAUGAGGAUGUGAGCUACAUCAAGUUCCACCAUCAAAGUGUGUCUUAUCCUUCUACUCUAAGAUCUGCUGAUACAAGCCAGCAUGUGCAGCUAGAGAAUCCUCUAGUUUCUGAAUCUCCGCAUACAAACCCAGCAUCACCAAGACAAGAUUUAACUAAAACCUGCAUGCAGUAUCUAUGCAGCGGGAGAGCUGAACCAGUAAGGAUGGUCCCUGCACGUUGCCGCUCACCCAGCAGAAGCAGGCACAAGUUUGAAAAUGCAGAUCAGGUUUUGGGUGAAAAUAUCACCGUUUCACUUUGUAGGAGCUUUCUCCAAGAGGUUCACUUCAAUGACUCCAUACAGCAUAAGGAAGAAGAAAAUGAGAUGCUGAGGACUGUUGAGUCGAGUAAUUGUGUCUCACAACUGCACACCAGCACAAGGAUGUGUGAAGACGAUGACGAGGAACUCCAAAUGCUGGCAAGCCUGCAAAGACAGCAGGACGAAGAUGAAUGUAGGGCUCCUGUCCUCAGCGCAUCUCAAGUCCGCCAGUGUGAUGUCAGCAUCAGCCUGAGCAGUGACGAUGCCUCAACCUGGACCCACAUCUCACAAGCAGUGAAUCAGGGACAUCAUUAUCAGAAGGAAAUGAACCCCUUGCUUCAAUCAAACCCAAGAGAGUGGAUGGACGUGCUCAGCCCUCCUAUUAUGCCUCCCAGCCAGCAGAGAAGGUCAGGCAACACAGAGAACAAUUGGGAAAGUCUACUCAGAGGAGGGGGUAGCAUGGUGAAAGAAGAGGAGAAUGGAGAUGAAUAUUUGAAACUCCUCUAUGAUCCUUGCCUCAACUGCUAUUUUGAUCCUGAGUCAGGAAAGUACUAUGAACUAGCUUAACUCAAAGCCCAUUACCAUCAGAAUGAAUAAAUCACAUUAACAGGAGAUGAAUUGCUUUGAGAUUUUACUUUUUUUUUCUUUUCUUUUUGUUUUUUUUGAGCUGAGCUUUAUUGAUCGGAAGUGAAUUCCCUUUUCACCAAAACCCCUUCCUGUGUUUGCUCCUUUGUUCCUGGAAACUAACGUCAGCUUUGUUUUGCCAUGUGUGGUUAGUCAUGCUAGAUUGUAAGGUAUUGGAAAACUCUCUAAAUCAAACACAUGGCCUUUUGCAAGUGAGGGCUCAUUCACUUCUGAUGACAAAGACAGGCUUUUCAUAAGUCUUGGCUUGGAAGUUAAUAUGGAAACCUUCUAAAAGAAUUUGCCGUCGCUUCUUUUUAACGUUGCAGUGUCUUAACAUUUAAAUAGUGAAAAG